GCUAGCACCAUCUCCACAUCAAUGGUGGUAGUAGUUCAUAGCUGUUGAGAUUUUUCUUUCAUUAAUAUAUUAAAAAAAAAUUGGGUUUUCUGCCUUAGCGGUUGGUGGAAUUCCCCCCUGUUUCUCUGGGAAAUUAUUUAUGAUCUUAUGUUCUGAAUAAAAAAUAUCAAGUAAAAACCAGUUCUUGAUUUAAAUCUUUGGUCUACUUACUCAGUAGAAUGAGGCAUGCGGAUGGGAAAGAGGCAGAGGAGGUGAUGGAGAUUAAAAGAGAAGAAGAGAGGGAAAAAGAAGAGGAAGCGAAGAGGGUUCCUCUUCCUCCAUGGAGGAAGCAAAUAACAAUUCGAGGGAUUAUAGCAAGCUGUUUGAUUGGAAUGAUUUACAGUGUCAUAGUGAUGAAGCUCAAUCUGACAACUGGACUUGUCCCAAAUCUAAAUGUCUCAGCUGCCCUUCUUGCCUAUGUGUUAAUGCAAUCUUGGAUUAAGCUUCUCCAAAAGGCUAAUCUGGCUUCAACUCCAUUCACUAGGCAGGAGAAUACUGUGAUUCAGACAUGUGCUGUUGCGUGCUACAGCAUUGCUGUUGGAGGUGGUUUUGGGUCUUAUCUCCUGGGGUUGAACAAGAAGACAUAUGAGCAGGCUGGGGUGGAUACAAUAGGAAAUGUAGCAGGGAGUUAUAAGGAGCCAAGGCUGGACUGGAUAAUUGGUUUCCUCUUUGUGGUUAGCUUUGUUGGGUUAUUAGCUUUGGUUCCUCUCAGAAAGAUAAUGAUCAUAGACUAUCAGCUAACAUAUCCUAGUGGAACUGCUACUGCGGUUCUGAUCAAUGGGUUUCAUACCCCCAAGGGAGAUGGUGAUGCGAAGAAACAGGUACAAGGAUUUGUGAAAUUCACCUCGGCCAGUUUUUUGUGGAGUUUGUUCCAGUGGUUUUAUUCAGGUGGUGAUCAGUGUGGGUUUGCAAACUUCCCCACCUUUGGGUUGAAAGCCUGGAAACACUCAUUUUUCUUUGACUUCAGCAUGACUUAUAUAGGAGCAGGAAUGAUUUGUUCUCACCUGGUGAACUUGUCUUUGCUUCUUGGAGCAAUUCUCUCUUGGGGAAUAAUGUGGCCACUAAUUGGUGCGCGUAAAGGUUCAUGGUUCCCUGCUUCUAUACCAGAAAGCAGCAUGAAGAGUCUAAAUGGUUAUAAGGUUUUUAUUUCUAUUGCUCUCAUCCUAGGUGAUGGUCUCUACAAUUUUCUUCGGACGGCAUUCUACACUGGUCGAAGCAUAUAUGUUGCACUGAACAAAAGAAAUUCUAGGACGUCAGUUCCAGAAACAAAGAUUGAGCAUUCUAUUGACAAUCUUCAAAGAAAUGAAGUGUUUGUUAGAGAGAGCAUUCCCUUGUGGGUAGCAUGCAUAGGGUACACAGUUUUCUCCAUCAUCUCCAUAAUCAUAAUCCCGAUCAUGUUUCCUCCAUUGAAGUGGUAUUUCGUUCUCGUGGCCUACACCCUUGCACCGGCCUUAAGCUUCUGCAAUGCUUAUGGAGCUGGUCUGACGGACAUGAACAUGGCAUAUAACUAUGGGAAAGUGGCUCUUUUUACAUUAGCCGCUUUGUCCGGGAAAGAAAACGGUGUAAUGGCGGGACUCAUUGGGUGUGGGCUCAUAAAGUCCAUUGUCUCAAUCUCAUCCGAUUUAAUGCACGAUUUCAAAACGGGCCACCUUACCCUUACAUCCCCACGAUCGAUGCUCAUAAGCCAAGCGAUUGGGACCGCCAUGGGUUGUGUGGUGGCCCCACUAACGUUCUUCCUCUUCUACAAGACAUUCGACGUGGGCAACCCAAAUGGGGAAUACAAAGCUCCUUAUGCUAUCAUAUAUAGAAACAUGGCCAUCCUUGGUGUUCAAGGCUUCUCCGCACUCCCCCGACAUUGUUUACAGCUAUGCUAUGGUUUUUUCGCCUUUGCAUUGUUUGCCAACCUGGCGAGAGAUGUGGUCCCAGGGAGGGUUGGGAAGUGGAUCCCGCUCCCGAUGGCUAUGGCUGUACCAUUUCUCGUUGGGGCUUCGUUUGCUAUUGAUAUGUGUGUUGGUAGUAUCGUUGUGUAUGGUUGGCACAAGAUGAACGGCAAGAAGGCGAAACUGAUGGUUCCUGCAGUUGCCUCGGGUUUGAUAUGCGGUGAUGGAUUGUGGAUCCUCCCAUUGUCGAUACUUGCGCUGACCAAAGUCAAAGCUCCGAUCUGCAUGAAUUUUUUGCCUGCAAACACAUCCUAAAAUGGAAUGCAAAUAUGCAAUAAGGGUACAACAGAAAAGCUUUGGCGUGAGGUGGCGAAAGGUAAAUAAAUGAGAAGUAAUUUUUUUCUUGUCCCAUUAUCGUGGGAGAGACUACCUCGGCAUAGAAGUACAAUAAAUCACUUAGACUCUUAGAGUGUACAAUAUGGGGUGAACUGUAAAUGUGUAUAAGCGGCAAAAGUGUAUCAUGCUGUAAUGUAUAGUUGUGACAUGUUAACAUGGAUUCCUUUGGAGUCAUUAUGUAUGGUGUGAACUCACUGACGGAACGAACAUAAUGACAAUGUUGGAUACCGAUUUACUUAUUUUCUUGGUGGUUAAAUUAAUUUCACGCAAAC